CAGGCGCUGAGGCCGGGGAAGCGACUCACUGCAAACAGUCCACCUACCGAGUUUGCGCGCGGUGAGCAGCUCGCGGCGGAGGCGGCCGGGUGGCUGAGCGGAGUCGCGUGGCAGGCGCGGUGGCUCAGCUGUCCCUGAGCAUCUCACACCAUGGCAGUUCCUGAAACCCGUCCCAACCACACUAUUUAUAUCAACAAUCUCAAUGAGAAGAUCAAGAAGGAUGAGCUCAAGAAGUCCCUGUAUGCCAUCUUCUCCCAGUUUGGCCAGAUCCUGGAUAUCCUGGUGUCUCGGAGCCUGAAGAUGAGGGGCCAGGCCUUUGUCAUCUUCAAGGAGGUCAGCAGCGCCACUAAUGCCCUGCGUUCCAUGCAAGGUUUCCCCUUCUACGACAAGCCCAUGCGCAUCCAGUACGCCAAGACUGACUCAGACAUCAUUGCCAAGAUGAAGGGUACCUUUGUGGAGAGAGACCGCAAACGAGAGAAGAGGAAGCCCAAGAGUCAGGAGACACCAGCUGCCAAAAAGGCUGUUCAGGGUGGGGCAGCUGCCCCCGUGGUGGGCGCUGUCCAGCCUGUGCCGGGUAUGCCACCAAUGACUCAGGCACCCCGCAUUAUGCACCACAUGCCAGGCCAGCCUCCUUACAUGCCACCACCUGGCAUGAUCCCGCCACCGGGCCUUGCUCCUGGCCAGAUCCCCCCUGGGGCCAUGCCCCCACAGCAGCUCAUGCCUGGACAGAUGCCGCCUGCCCAGCCUCUCUCCGAGAAUCCACCCAAUCACAUUCUGUUCCUCACCAACCUGCCUGAGGAGACCAACGAGCUCAUGCUGUCCAUGCUUUUCAAUCAGUUCCCGGGCUUCAAGGAGGUGCGUCUGGUUCCCGGGCGGCACGACAUCGCCUUUGUGGAGUUUGACAACGAGGUGCAGGCUGGGGCAGCCCGAGAUGCCCUGCAAGGCUUUAAGAUCACGCAGAACAAUGCCAUGAAGAUCUCGUUUGCCAAGAAGUAGCGCCUUCCCCCAUGGGGCAUCUCACUCCCCAUUCUGGGGCUGCCCUUUCCCUCCCCCUUGGCUCAGUCCCUGAAGGUAAGUCCCCCUUGGGGGCCUUCUCAGAGCCGCGAGUGAGUGUGUGGUUGCCACACAGCAUUGUACCCAGAGUCUGUCCCCAGACAUUGCACCUGGCGCUGUUAGCUUGUGAUUAAAGUGGUUUUUUGGGGUUUGGUUUUUCA